AUGCAUCCCGAAGUCGAAAGGGCGAACGAAGAUUUCUUCAAUGAUCCCACUACUGAACACUUGUUCUACACCUCUGAGGCUCAAGAGACGGCCAGGCUUGCAACUGCCGCGAUGCUCAAAGCGGUUCCGUUUGACAAACUGAAGACAGUGGUCAUGGAUUUUGCAUGUGGUGUUGGUCUCAUAUCUCAGGGCUUGGCAUCCAAUGCAAAGUCCAUCAUUGGCGUGGAUAUCAGUCAGCGUAUGGUAGAUAUUUAUAACAACGAUGCAAAGGAACAGAAUUUGUUUCCCAACGAGAGGAAAGCCGUGCGGGUGGAUAGGUUGGUUGAGAAUGAAAUACAAUUAGAGGGAAUGUCAUUUGAUGUGAUUGUGUGCGCUUCAUCCUACCACCAUUUCCCGUCAAUCGUAGAUGUGACGAAGGUGCUUGCAUCCUAUCUCAAGUCAGGAGGUUCUCUACUCGUUGUGGACAUGGUCAAGGGCGAAUACCCUGUGCUACAAACCUAUCACCAGGUUGCACACAAAGGUGGUUUUGACGCAGAGGACAUGCGUAUGGCGUUUGAAGCUGCAGGGCUUCAUAAUUUCUCUUUCGCGGAAGCGGCGACGAUUGAAUUCGCUGGCCAUCCAGUAACCAUGUUUCUUGCCAGUGGAGAGAGGUGA